AUGACUGGGUUUUGCUUGGAAACUGAAUUGGCGUUUGCCAUAGAAGUUGCAGAAGAAGAGCUCGAAGAUGGAUUAGGUCCAGUUGGUAUUGGUUUACCUUUACCUUGUUUUGGUGAUCCUGAUGGAGAUGAUCCUGAACCUGUGGCAUAUCCUUUUCCGUUAUUGUUUGUGGUGGACUUUGAAGAUGAAAAUGAUUUAGUUACACUAUUUGAGGAAAAUGGUUACACGUGCAGUGUUGGUACCCAAUUUGCUGAGGAUCAUUUUUACGAAUUCAAGGAAAGUUUCAAAAAUGUUCUUACUAAACAAAUAUCCCCGCUGCGAAUAGGAUCAAUCUAUCUUGAUUUCCAUAUCGAUAGGAUCUCAGCUAGAGUUGAAUUUUUCGAAAGGCCACCUCUUGAGAAAUCUUUUCAGAUACGAGAUGCUAAAGUCAAAGUGGACAAUCCAAAGUUGACCUCUGGGGGUAUUAUUGCUAAAAGUAUCGAUGAAUGUUUGAAAACCCAAUUGAAAGAAAAUUAUUUCAAAGAGAUCCUUUACUGUCCCUCAUUGAAUGGACUUUGUUUGAACAUUGAAGAUCCGAACAGUUUGGAGGAAACUGUUGAUUCGAAUAUUGAUUGUAAACUUUACUAUUUUCCUCUAAUGAAUCAGUAUCGGUUAACAAAAGAAAUUGAACUUGCUGAUAUUCAUAAAUCUUCACUUCGACUUGAUAACAUGCCGAUCUCCUUGAAAUGUGAUAACUGUACAACUGCAAGUAAAUCUCAUCGAUAUCGAAUAACCAAUGUUCUUGACUAUACUUUUUUCGAUCAGAUUUCUCAUAAACAAUCAAGUUUCAUGGAAAUUCAAAAAUCAUCAAAACUCAUCUCAACAGACAAAUCUGUUCACCCAGUAAGUGGCGCUAUUCAUAGUAUCGGUGACUGUUAUCGUACUUGUGUCACUCCAAAUAAUUUUGACUGUGUUGCAUUUUCUUAUUGCUCCAAUGGAAAUUCUCAUGAAUGUCUCAUUUCCAGUGCUCUAUUUAUACCAAAUGCUACCGUGUAUGCAAACAACUGUUCAACCUAUUCAAGAAAUUUCCUACUCGAAUAUCAGAAAAAUCCAAACCAACAAUUUUACGAUAUCUCAGAUGAUGAUAGUGUUUAUUCAUGGACAGUUGAAGAUUGUGCCGCUCAAUGUUCACAAUCCCCUAAAUGUUUCUCAUUUCAAUAUUGUUCCAAUAAUAAUCAAUGUACUUUUACAAAGACUUCAUACCCAGUUAAAAAGGUGCGACAUGACAUUUUUUGCAAUGUUUAUACUCCAAAAAAAUCACAAGAGUUUGUAAGCACUGGUACUACCCUGGUUUCGGAAUUCAUUCUGAGUGAGAGUAAAUUGAACAUGGAGCAAUGUGCAGCUCUUUGUUAUAACUGGAGAGCGGGAAACGAAAGCUGUAAAUCUUUCAACUUUUGUCCUAAAGGUCGACUUGAAACUACUUGUCAGUUGACCCAAUACAUGGUUGGAAACCCAAAUGUUGCAACUUCCCCCUCGCAAAAUUGUUACAAUUUUCAACUACUAAAGAAACUUCAACAACGUGAGUCCAAUCAUGAAGCAUUUGCACCGAAUGAUGAUAUGGCUAAUGCAGCUACUUCCAUUUCGUUGGCCUUUCUUGUUGUUGGUCUUGCCUUGGGAAUCGCUACCACCUCAAUCUAUCAUAUGAUCCACAAUAGACAUAAAUACAGGGUGACUACUGUACACCAAGAGCAAGAUCUUGAUUCUUGAUUCUAUCCUCUUUCAAAAGCAAAUUACGUUUUUUACCUCAAAUUAAAACCUAAACUACUUCAAUCAAAUCAUAACGAAUCGAAAUUUAGACAAUAAAAUACAAUUAAUGAAUUGA